GUCUAGCGUUUGACCAAAUCAUAAGUUCAUUUUAUGAAUGCCGUCUACAAUUCUAAUGCGAGAUGUUGUAAGUUGUACCAUAGAUUAGGACAAAACCACCUGUUGCUCAAAAUCCAUGCUACCCUGUGCACGAGAGUUCUCAACAUACCUCACGUGAUCACUCUCGUUCACAGGGUAGCACGGAAAGUUGUUUACGUUGGCAACAAGAUGGCGGCGGGACAACAGUAGGAUCAUGGCUUUCAAGGGUCUGACAGGGAAAAAACGAUUUUUAGCAGCCGUUUUGGAAGUCGCCGUUGCACAAGAAGAAGCUAACGAAGCUCAAGAGGAACCAGAGCCAGAAGUUCAACCCAAGCCCAGACCAGCUGACAAGGAUACCCCGUCCAGACUGAGACAGAGCACAUUUCCUUCUGUACUGGAACAAUAUAAACCCAAACCAAAGCCAAAGCCACAGAAACCUCCGGUGCUGUUUGAAAAACUCUUUUCCAAGAAAAAGUUGCGAGCCAAACUACGUCUGCAGGCACUGAAGGAAGCUGCGGAGGAGAGAAGAAAGCUAGAGGAGGAGAAACAAUGCCUUAAAGAUGCGAGACAUGUGCACCUUGUGGACAUGCAGUACAAGCUGCGUGACCAGCUGUACAGUGAGUACAUGGGCAAACUGGAGCGCAGAGUGAAGAAACAGAGAGAACAGAUCAGCACCAGGCAGCAGGAGCAUGACAGGAGGCUACAGGAACAGGAGGAGAAAGAGCAAGAGGAGCUCCAUCGGGUAAAGAAACGUCUGGCCAGGUCCGUUCUGUCUCAUGAUAACACAUAUCUGCAGAAGAUCCCCAAGUCCAAGUUUUAUAAGAUGGUUGGACUACAGGAGACACUGGUUAAACAGGGUAAAAUCGGGUCCCACUCUGAGCUGGAGGCCUACUGGAAAGACAUCCUCAGGCCUGAGAGAUACAGAGAAGUCUUUGGAUCACCACAGGAUUCAGUAACUAUGGGUGACACAAGAUCAAUGAAGUCAUUGUCAUCAGCAGAUAUCUACAUGCAGACACUCUCACAUCAUGAGGCUGACUAUAGAACAGAUCAUCUGGCAUCAGGACUGGCACAGAUACAGGAGCAGAGAGAGCCCUCCCGCCCCAGCACACGGGGAAUCACUACGAUAGAACAAUUUGAGCAGGCCAGGAAGUUCCCAGCUGCUCUCAGAUCAGUGUCUACCUCCCUGUCUCCCCACAAGAUGGCACAAUACUCCAGGUCAUCAGUCGGGAGGGAAGAGAUGGAACUGGACAGCAUGUUUCCCAAGACUGAGUUUCCCCCACUAGCUGCAUAUCAACUGGACCUACAGUUUGAGGAACCAGAUCAUGAAAAAGAGGACACUAUGGAACAGUUGGACAGAAGAAAACGGGAACGAAAGAAGCUCCAGAGGAAGAUCCUGAAGAUGUACAACCAUUCUCAGGCCAACGCUGCAUCAGCUUCCAGGUUGAUGGACAUCAAUGGACAAUUUGACAACACCUUUGAGGGACCGUCCAUUGUUGACCUGACUCGGGCCAUCACGUUUGAUGAAGAAGAUGACAUGCAGACAGAAUCCUUCUUCCUGACAGAUGUACCCACUCAGGAGGAGGACCAGGAGGAGGAGGAGGAGGACAUCGCCAUGGUGAUGGAGUCCUGGCCAUCAGAGAAGUGGCCAGACAACAUCGACACAGAACUCAUGGCUGCCGACCUCGGCAUCAAGUUUCUCUCACCCAUCAAGGAGUCUUCCGAGGAGGACCUGGAGUCUGAGAUGGAGAGUGAAGAAAGUACACCUCUGGGGAUGGACAGUAGACAGCUGGAGACUGGUGCCUCCACUGCUAAACCACCAACAACACCCACCAUUCCUCUUACCAUGAACAGUCUGCUGCAGGGAGAGGAAACUAUUGUAAAGGAGGCGAAGUGUUUGAGUACGAUGUGGGUGAAUCCAUUACAAUCAAGCUAACCACGUCAGACAUGGUUGACAACUGUGUUAUAAUAUAUAAUAAUUAAGUAUUGGGGAGGGCGGCAUUAGGCAGCUUACAUCAUAAUGGUGUUCUACCUCUCAAGAAUACAGAAUCUUUUUAUCACACACAAUUUAUAAAAAGCUUCCUCACAGCAAUGAAUAGUUCCACUGGCAAUCGUAAUGAUAAUGGUCCUUCAUCUGGAUACAUGUGUUUGACAAUCAUGUAUAACAGGGUAACACUAGAAAAUAAGACUAUGCAAUUUCUUGUGAUCAGUUAUGGCAGAGAAUAUUCAGUCACUGGUGCUACAUGUACAUAUUUGUAUAUAUAUGACUUUUGUAAUGUUAUGUUCAUGUCAUUUUGGUGUAAGUAAUAUUACACUUCCUAUUUUUAAUGAUUAGUGAAUAUUCUGUACUUGUGAAAAGAUAGAUUUUAGGAAUCUUAAAUGUAUUGAUAAUGUAUCACAUAGUCUUUGAAUCAUGUGGCAUACAAAUUAGGGUUGGCAGAAAAACAAGUCCGGUGCAGUGGGCAGAAUAAACGGCACACCACACAGAACGCCUAUAAUAAGACGGUUCAGAUACAAAAUGUGCACCAGGUUUUGUUGCCACUUGCCAGCCAUCGUGUUUUUUGUAAAGAAUCAACCUCUUAUGCAUAUUAUUAAAACAUAGGAAUUUGAGCAAUGAUGUCAUAGACGAUCUUCAGACUACAUAGAAGUAUGUCACUGAAGUAAAAAAAAAUGUACAUGUUUGUGUGAAUUAGUAUAUACAUGUACUAGAUAUUUCUUGACAAUUACAUUUUAUACACGAG